AUGUCAGGAAAACCACCAGUAUAUAGACUGCCACCACUGCCCAGGCUGAAGGUGAAAAAACCAAUCAUAAAACAGGAAACGAACAAAUGUCUGUUGUUAAUGUCGAAUCUUUUGCAGUGCUGGUCAUCUAAUGGACAUAUGAAUGCUGCAUGUGAAAACCUGGUUAGUGAAUUGAAAAACUGUACACAAGAUAGAGCGUUGGGCAAAGGAAAUAAGGUCGAAAAGAGCAAUAUUAAUUAUCACGCUGCUAGAUUGUACGGUAGAAUCAAUGGUAAACCGCACGAUUGA